GCUCUCAUAUGUGCUAAUUGCCGAACGACAACAACACCUCUUUGGCGCAGAGAUGAAUCGGGCAAUACAAUUUGUAAUGCAUGUGGGCUAUAUUAUAAACUCCAUCAUGUGCAUCGACCAGUGAGUAUGAAAAGAAGUGUGAUCAAACGAAGGAAACGG